GUUGGUCCUCUGGUCUCUGGUUUGUGAAUUGUGUAAAUAUAUUUGUUAAGAAUGUAGCAGUGAUAUUUCGACUAGCAUUUUCAUUCCAAGAUAUUUGUAUAAAACACGCUGGUUUUAUAAUAAAGUUGAAACGUUCUGCCUUGCAAGAUGGCGGCAGAUGACGAUGAUGAGAGUGGAUACAGAUGGUUAAAUCAGUAUGAAAAAAGUUGGUGAGUUUACUAACAUGACUACCAUAAGGGCAUAGUUAUGUGAAGCUAGUCCAGAUUGUACAGUAUGACAGCUUUAGACAAGAUCUCAGAUGUGCUACAAGACAAAACUUAAAGUUGUUAUGCAUGAGUCAAUAUAGACAGAUUUAGAUCGCGGACGUCAAAGACGACGUGAAAUGGCGUGGCAUAUCCAUACAUGGGCACAACACCCCAUUUUCAUGUCGUCUUUGACGUCCUCGAUCUAAAUCUGUCUAAUUCCAUGGGUAACCAUUCUCCUCCCCCCCCCCCGGAAUAUACCUGCACAUUAGCAUUUUUUUUUUUAAAGAAAGGGCAAAUUCCUGGCCACAGGGAGAUACCAGGAAGGUAUCCAGGUAGCUGCCAAAAAAUGUCCAGCCCCGGUGCAAUAAUCUGUGUGCCCAGCAAAUGUCCGGCAGUGUCCCGGGGGGGGGGGAGGGGGGUUACUCAUGAAAUUGAUUUGUGCAUUAUUUGUCCAGUCACAGAAACCAAAGAGCUUUGACUAUUUUGCAUGAAUCAACUAGGAAUUGGGAUACUGGAUUCGCAUGGGGGAUGCUUUUCAAUCGUGGUUUCCCACUCGGAUAUUGAGAAAAAAUCUAAAUUUGAGACCAUGGGUGGUGCUGUGCCUCUCUAGGGGGUACGGGGGUGCUAGACAUUGCUAGGUGUGGUGCACACCCCUCUGUAUUGUGGUGCGCACCCCUCUGUUCAUUGUAUGUGCCCAAUCACUGAUGUCUGAGGAAUGGUAUAAUUUGUGUGAUUUCAAUUGUAUUUUUCAAUCCAGGGAAGCUAUUCAGGAAGAUGCACAAGGAGGGUUGCAAUUUGUUGACGAUGAUUUUAUACAACGUGCCAGAAGACGCAGGUACACUUUGGAAUGUGCAGUAUCAUUAUUAUUAUCAAGCUCCAUAUUCACUACUCUUCUCAAUUGGACUCUACAUUCGAUGUUAACAGAAUGCGCACUUGGAAUACCUACUGCUCUAAAUGUUGUUCUUUCAACUUAAACUGUUGCUCAUAAUCUAAACUAUUAAUUUUUCUAUAGUUGUGUUGACUGCUAACUCUCACAUGCACACUUUUAUCCUCAUUUGACCCUGGUCCCCGGCUUUAAGAAGAAGAAGAGUUAUAAAUAAUUGAGAGGAAAUUUAAUUUUUUAUCCUUUUUUAAACUUUUGUUCCCUAGACUUCUGGCACAACCCGGAAACAUUCGUCUUGGCAUGGUUUGUACUUUUUGUUGUUAUAUUUAACCAUAGACUCUGGAAAAAAUUGGAAAUCCAUACUGGAAUUUGCAAUUGCAUCAGUGUAUCAAACUGUAUAUCCAUACUGGAAUUGCAGUUUGGAUUUCCAUACUAUUUUCGAGUAAGAUCCAUGCUAUUUUCAUAGUAAGGAUUUUGAGCUCUGGAUUACAGUAACACCAUUUCAUUGUAUAGAUGCGUCACUUGUAUAUCAUCCUUGAUCUGUCAAAGGCGAUGGAGGAAGCAGAUCUUAAACCAUCCAGGUUGUUUUGCACAUUAAAGGUAGAAUUAUGUUUAUAUUUUUUAAAGACUUUUACUGAGUAGUUAGAUGUGGAUAAGUUUUGUCUGUCAUCGUCUUGUUGUUUUUAGAUUGAAGCUAUUUUACGAUUAUAUAUUUUGUUCAUUUUAUUAGCUCCUGGAAAAUUUUAUUGUGGAAUAUUUUGACCAAAACCCGAUUUCUCAGGUAACGAACAUUCAGAUGUAUUUACCUUCAGUUGAUAGUAUUUCCUUUUGUUUUGAUAUACAGUAUAGUAACAACAUUAUAUCUUGUUUCUAGCUUGGAAUCAUUUCAACAAAUAACAAGAGGGCUGAAAAAUUAAGUGAGCUAAGCGGUAAGCAAAGUGGAAUGGCCUCUUGAGAAAGGAUUUUAUAAUUAUACCUAAACAAAACAGCCGAUUAAAUUAUACCUUGGGGUAUAAUUUAUGUAGUGAGGCCAGUUAUAAUGUGUAGCUCAAUGACAUGGGCAUUGUGAAAGGUAGGCAAACAGCAGCUGGGUAGAACUGCUGUCAACGCUUGGAAUAUCUUUGACAGAAUUAGGAAGGAACAAUGACAUAAUAACAGAGGUGGCUUGUUGCCAUAUCGAAGGAGACAAGAGAAAAAGAGUGUGAUGGCUUGGGUAAAUUGUGAGAAGGGAGUGGGAGUCACAGUAGCGUGGAUACCAAUCAUACCAUGAAGGAGGGUGAUGCGUUGCUGGGAGACAAUGGAUAAGAUGAAGAGACGUGGUGAAAGGAGGGUACUAAACUUAACACUUCUGCCGUCGUCAGAGCAAGCGCCUUUCACCUCUGAGAUUGUGGGUUCGAGUCUCGCUAUGGACUCAUGUGUGGACUUGUGUGAAAAGAGUUUGUCAACACUCCGCCGAAAGUCCUGGGUUUUCUCCGGGCAUGGAGACAUCCACUGAAAGACGAUGAGCAGUUGGGAGAGAAAGGAUGAGAUGGAGGAAUUGUUUAUGUUGGUGUUAACGGCCGAAGUUUUAUAAAUAAACAAAUAGAUUAUUUUAUUGCUGUUAUCGCGCCAACUCUAUCACAGUCUACUAUAUUAUAAUGACCUAUUGUUGACUUUGUGAAUGGAGUUGGUUCUCAACUUAUAAAAUUAUUUCAUUGUCACAAGACAGAUUAUCAUUUCUUAAUGAUUAAAUGCCAAAACACGUCAAAUGUAUUUUCUAUGUUUCGUAUCCAGGCAACCCACGAAUUCAUGCAUCUGCUCUGACACAAAAAGAAAAACCAAAUGUUUGCCAAGGUGAACCAUCCUUACAGAACGCUUUGGAGACAGCAAAGAAAUCUUUAAGGCAGGUCUACGUUUAAACGAAG